CGUCGCCGCCGUCCCGCGCCGCCAUACUCCUUCCAGGUGCCGGCGAGGAGGCUUGGAUCUGAUUCCGGGGCUCCCACCUCUCCCGUCCAGGGUUCGUACCAAACUCGUCGGCCAUCAUGCAGGCUAGUGACAGGUUUAACAUAAAUUCUCAACUUGAACAUCUUCAAGCCAAAUAUGUUGGAACAGGGCAUGCUGACCUUACCAGAUUUGAAUGGGCUGUAAACAUCCAAAGGGACAGCUAUGCAUCUUAUAUUGGACACUAUCCAAUGUUGGCAUAUUUUUCCAUUGCUGAGAACGAAUCAAUUGGAAGGGAGCGUUUUCAGUUUAUGCAGAAAAUGCUGCUUCCGUGUGGCCUCCCUCCCGAGAGAGAUGAAGACUAAGGAGUUGGUCCUGUGGUGACAGCAACUUGUGUUCGGUUGAUCUUUGUUGCUGAAGUCUAGUGCCGGUCUGCAUUAGACACCUGACUACCCAAGUACUAUUUGUAAUUGUGUUUAAACAUCCUGAAUAGCUUUGGUACUGUGUACUUUUCACUUUUACUCCAUGGAUCCUCAUCAUGAAUUUUCAGUACUUGUAUGCAAUGGACCAGUGUGCUAAUUUCUAGGAAUGAAGUGCAUGUUUGAAGACCA